ACCACACGGCUUGACGUGCCAUACCAAACAAGAUGGCGGCUUACGUGACACAGAACCGGGUCGAGAUGUUUUCUCGUCCCAACGAUAAGUUUCCAAAUUGGGAAAGCCAAGAAGUCAGCACUGGGACUACCAUUAUGGCAGUGGAGUUUGAUGAUGGGGUGGUGAUUGGUGCGGACUCCCGUACAACAACAGGAGCCUACAUCGCUAAUAGGGUUACGGAUAAGCUUACCCCUAUUCAUGACCGCAUCUUCUGCUGCCGAUCUGGAUCUGCAGCUGAUACUCAGGCCGUUGCUGAUGCUGUCAGCUACCAGCUCGGCUUUCACAGUAUCGAGUUGGAUGAGCCCCCAUUGGUGCAGACAGCUGCCAAUCUGUUUAAACAGAUGUGCUACAGGUACAGGGAGGAACUGAUGGCUGGCAUCAUCGUAGCAGGCUGGGACAAGCGAAGGGGUGGACAGGUAUACACUGUCCCUAUGGGUGGGAUGUUGGUGAGACAGCCUGUCUCAGUGGGAGGCUCAGGAAGUUCGUACAUCUACGGCUUCAUCGACUCCAACUACAGGUCGGGGAUGUCCAAGGAGGAGUGUCUGCGCUUCACAGCCGAGGCCUUGGCCCUGGCUAUGGAACGGGAUGGCUCCUCUGGGGGUGUGGCCAGACUGGCAGCCAUCACAGAGGCUGGGCUUGAGCGCACUGUCAUUCUGGGGAACCAGCUACCCACGUUCUUCAGCGCCUAGAAGCGCAGCCCUCCUCGCCCCAGCACUAUCACUACACCCCAGCGUGCUGCUGCACUUAUGUCAAUAUUCACCACACACGGGAAGGCACGUGUCAUACAAAACCGUUACUGCCUAAUACUACUCCAGUGGUUUCCCAGCGCUGGGUAUUCCACUCUCUGCACAUUUGUGUUUUAGCUGCUCCGACACACCCGAGUCAGUUCAUGUUGGGCUUGAUAAUUAAUGGUUGAGUCGACUCAGGUGUGUUAGGGCAGGUACCAGACUGCAAUAUGUAGUACAUGAGGCUAGGAGCCACUGAACUAAAUGUAGCUUUCUGAUCUUCCUUUUGAAUGCUAUUUGUGUCACUGAAUAAAAGGAUUAGGUUGGCA